AUGGUCGAUAUGGAACAUACAUGUCGAAUUUGUCGUGACGGAAGAUUACCUGUACAUAACCCCACUUUCAUUGAUGCAUUAUACUUUGGCGAGCUUGACAUAAAUGGGUUGACUCAAAAUGUAACGGCACCGCAACUUGCGUUAUUAAAGUUGAGAAAAUUCCUCAGUUAUACGUACUUUAGCGGAGUCCGAUACAUUUUAGUAGGGAUCGUUAUUCAUAUUGCGUUGUUUGUUGAACGAGAAUGGGUCGUUCGCGAUGAAGGGUACUUGAAGCUAUUGCAUCGCAAAAUUGGCAAAGAACCAAAGACCCAGUUGGUUGAUAUGUUGCAGAACGCAUUAGAUGUGUUGCGGAGACAGGAAAAUCAAAAUGAAAGAGAGGAUGCGGUGCAGGAGGCAAAUUUAAAUCGUGCCAUUGACAGUCUACAAGAUCGUGCCGAGCAGAUGAAUAUACAAUACGAAGAAGAGUUGAGGCGAGCAAUUAAUAGAGGAGAGAUCUUCAAUGGAGAUGUACAACGUAAUGGCAAUGACAAUGACAAUGACAACUUGCACAGGCCAGAAAAUUAUGACGACGUUGAGGUGAACCAUGCCGAUGUGGAAGUAAUUCAUGAAGAUGACGACAAUCUUGUUUUUGAUAAUGUUGAAAUCGGCCAAAAUGCGCCCGCCCAGGAUGCACACAGGGUUAUAAUUAACGACGAAUCGGAGUCUGACGAUGAGGAUGAAGUACAUCAACCGUUGGAUGAUGAUUUUGAGCAAAUGGAGCAACAAGAAGAAGGAAACAAUAAUGGUGGUGCUAUUGGAGAAAUUAUGGAAGUUUUCGGCAUCAUUUUGAAUAUUAAGACGCCACUUUUCCUUAUGGUGGUGUGUGACUCCAUCAUCACUGCAUAUUUGUUUUUGAUCUACGUGGUGCCUUAUAUCUUGGGUGAUUUGUUUGUGUUUGUUUCUGGUUAUGUUUUCAAAUUGAUAAUGUCAUAUGCUCCAACCCUUUCUUGGAACAUCAGUCUCAAGACAGGUUAUGAAUUUGCUGAUUUCUCCAUCCUCACUAUCCGAGAAUAUAUUGUUGAGCCAUGUGUUAAUACAUUUAACGAUUUGGUUUACCCUAAUAAUGCCCAGUAUAGCUUAGUGGAUCGGAUUUUGGUUCUUGGUUUUGGAUACGCCAUCAUUUGUGUCACAAUACACAAUGUAAUGAAGAGUUUAACUUCGGGACCAAAACCAAUCGUUGGAUCCUCAAGACGCAUUUACAAAGUGUUGUUUGAAUUAAGUUCCACCGCUAAAGUGUUUGUCAUUUUUGCUAUUGAAAUCUUCUUUUUCCCGGUUUAUUGCGGUUGGUUAUUGGAUUUCUGUGCUGCUCCUUUGUUCCUUGACAAGUUUACUCAAGUGACAAAAUCCGGUACUACAUUUAUUUUGUUUCUUACAUCCAUAGACAGCUGGACUCAAGUGCCCUAUAUUCGGACACUGCUUUACUGGGCAUCGGGUACUUUAUACAUGCUAUUUUUUGCAUUAUUUGUAGGGAUGGUGAGAAACACAAUCUUGCGUCCUGGUGUGUUGUACUUUAUCCGCAGCCCGGAUGAUCCAAAUGCCAGAUUGAUCCACGAUGCAUUGGUUAAACCUUUGGGACUCCAAUUGUCGAGAAUUUACCUUAGUGCAAAAGUUUACACUGGGUUCAUUUUGUUUGGUAUUGGUGGUGUUACAUGGGGAUUGAGGUAUAUGGUUGCUCCAAGUCACGGAAAGUACAAUGUGAUGUUGCCUAUGGAAUUGCUGCUUACACCUAGUGGGUUGAUUUUUAUGGUUCCAUUGGGGUUGAGUUCUGCUUUUAUUAGGCAAAUGCUUCCGUUGAUUACAAAGUAUGUGAGAAUGUAUUGGGCAAGAGCAUUUGAACUCAGUGCUCACAAGUUGAGGUUGUCUCAUUUCAUUAUGGGCAAGCCAAUCCUGCAAGAACGUGGCCACAUUGUUUAUCGCAGCUGGAAAGAUCAAUUUUUAGCCACGGCUACGCCAGAUUAUUCACAGCCGGUAACUUAUAGACAAGCACAAGAGAUUUUUGCCACCAAUUCAGAGAUUAAUGCAUGUUUUGUCCCUGAUGGCUAUUAUGUACGUGCUCCCGAUAACGAUACUGUUUCGCGAAAAUUUAUCAAAAAAUUGUUUGUGCCCGUGACGAAAGAUGACAAACUAUUGCGAGAUAUUAAUGAGGAUGACAUGAAGCACUCAGGGUAUGAGACGCCAUCCAGUGAAGAAGAAGAACUAAAUACCGAUGAUGCCCAUUGCAUUGUUUAUCGUCCGCCUAAUUUCAAGUUACGGUGCUUUGGAUUAAUUUUAAUGCUUUGGGUAUUCGCCGUACUUCUCAUCUUGUUGGUGGUUUUAUUGGCGUUGGUGGUGGGGAGACCCAUUGCAGUGGCACAACUGAUUUUGUUUGACAAAACAAUGCCUUUCUUUUCACCGGGCAAGAUCAAUUGGAAAUUGGCUGACCUGGUCAGUCUCAUUUAUGGAUUAUUAUUGGAGGUCAAUAUCCUCAAGCUUUUUGACCGUUAUAUUGAGCAACAACGUCAGCAGGGGGGAGGUAAUGAAGUUGAAGCACGCGAGGCACCAAGACCAAGAUUAUUUGAAAAUAUGUUUAAUUUUGGCUUUGGUGCUGAUGGUAAUGAUGUCAAUGGCCAGAAUCGAUUUGUAAUUUUCAAGCUUCCAAUAAUGGCAUUUGUGGUUGCACUUUGGCUUUACUGGAUUGUUUCGGUGCACUUGUUUUGUGUUGAUUUCCCAUUCCAAACAUGGUUCAACACUUCAAUCAUCAAGUUUGAGCCCUUGCCUACAUUUGCUCACUUUGUUGCAUCAUGGUGGACAUUGUUGCCGGGAAUAAUGUAUCUCACCAAACCUCUUUUACGAGAACAAACUCUAGGACAAAGUUUAUCUUCACUUGGAUUUGGGUACCUUUUGUUGAAUUAUGCAUUGGUUUAUAUCCCAGCUUUGAGUUAUACUGCUUGGAAAAUCAUGCACUUGGAUGCCAGUGCUUUGAAAAAUGACAAUGUGCAGAGACCAGGAUAUUUCCCCGUGGCGUGGAUUUGUUCGUUUGUGAUGUUUGCCGUAUAUCGAUCUGUCAAUAAUACAAUCAAGUUGUAUGAUUACAUUGGUCAAAAGAUCAAAGCGGAGAAGUACGUCAAGGGGAGAGCAAUUGUUAAUGACGACGAAGAGGGGGAUGUUGAGGGAGAGAGAUUAUAG